CUGCGGCGUGCUCCUACGGGCCCUGGGGAGCUACAACUAAGGGCUGCGGAUCUUGGACCUGUCCUAAAUAGUUAACGAUAGAUUCCUCCCCAACGUAGGAAUCGAUGAAAGCAACGAGCCCUGAGCUAAACUUAGGUUGAUUUUUUUUUCUCCCUUCCUCACUCAGGGUGUUUCAUCUGUCAGGUGAAAAUCCCCGAGUAGUGCUCACCUGAACUUCUAACGGCGCAUGGAGCGAUGCGGUUUUGGGGCGGGUGCCAUUUAGGACGAGCUUUGCUGCCAGAGCAAACUACCAUUGAUUCCAGCAGGAGUAGCACUGGGCCCUGGCCCAGGGGCAGGGAGGUUCAUAGCCAGCUAAUCCGGGCUACCAGAAGCUUAUUUUUAGUUCAGAAUUAGCAGGGGUUCAGCAUGAGCGACGUCAGGAGUGGAGAACUGUUCACAGUGCCUCUUCCAGGGAACUGCUUCCAAUGAUAUGGGGAAAAAACAAGUGGUGAGUUGGGGACCCUUGAGCCUUACUGGUCAAGCAGCCUUUUGUGUUGCUGGUAUCGACUGAAUUCUUGGAACAUGGGAAAUGUUUCAUGCUGUACUUCUUAAAUAUAAUUAUGUAAUGCAGAAUCAGCAAGUGAAUUGCUCACCUGUAUCUGGAGGGGAAUCAUCCAGUGCAAGAAUUGCAUUUCAGAUUGGUAAUGGGAGAUAACUUGUUUCUUACUAUUUAUGUAUUUGGUUAUGUAUGAGAUGUUUAGAAUCUGGUUUCAGAAGCAUAGGUGGCAAAACAUAGUGUGAGUUCUUACUGCCUGUGGAAGCAGCUGUCCUCUGUGGAGUGAUUUAACAGACCUCUGGAUGGUUUUGCACUGGGAGAAACUGACUUCUGUCUCUCUGUUAUGUUUCAGUGCCCCCCACGUGCCCUCCCUCCAGUGCCAAGAUGACAUUCCACUCAGUCGUCCCAAAAAAAGAAAGCCCAAAGGAAAGACUCCUUUAGAUGACAUUGUCCAAGCGACUGUUCGUCGGCAGUCUGAAAGCAGUGAGCCCCUAACUCCUGAACCUCAGGAUGUCCCUCCUCAGCGGAAACGCAAGAAGAAGAAAGUACCUCCUGAUUCUGAGACCUCCUUUACCCAGCAGAACAUUGCAUCCUUAUUUCAGAAUGGAAAUGGCGUGGAUGUUCCUGAAGCUGAAGAACCAGUGGUCCGCAAACAGAGAAAAAGAACCAAGAAGGCUCGGCCGGCAGAAACACACUGUUCCAAUGAGCUGGAGGUAGAGGAGGAUGACAUCAUUGAAGAUGAACACAGAAGGAGCCCAGAUCAGCAGCCUGUGUUUGCUGCUCCCAGUGGAAUUAGCCAGCCUGUUAGCAAAGUGUUUGUAGAAAAAAAUCGGCGCUUUCAAGCAGCUGAUCGUGCAGAAUUGAUUAAAACCACUGAAAAUAUCAACGUGCUUUUGGAUGUGAAGUCGUCUUGGACCACCAGAGAUGUUGCCCUCUCAGUGCACCGAAGUUUCAGGGUAAUCGGACUCUUUACCCAUGGCUUUCUUGCUGGCUAUGCUGUAUGGAACAUCGUUGUUAUCUACAUUUUGGCAGGAAAUCAGCUUUCCACGGUUUCUAACCUGCUCCAGCAGUAUAAGAUGCUAGCCUACCCUGCUCAAAGUUUGUUCUACUUGUUGCUGUCUAUCAGCACGGUCUCAGCCUUUGAUAGGAUUGAUUUGGCAAAAGCAUCAGUUGCACUGAGGGGUUUUCUUACCCUAGACCCAGCGGCAUUGGCUUCAUUCUUGUACUUCACUGCUCUUAUCUUAUCCUUAAGUCAGCAGAUGACAUGUGACAGAAUUAACCUCUACACACCACCUUCAGAAAAUGGCAGCAUCUGGACUGCAGGUAUGGAGGAAGAAAUUCUUCAGCCAUGGAUUGUGGUGAAUCUGGUAGUAUCUAUUCUAGUUGGAGCAAGUUGGAUCUUCUUGUCUUACCGACCAGAGCUAGACCACAGUGAAGAACUGAUGUUUCAUACUGAAAUUGAGGAAUUUCCUCAGGGAGUCAUCAUACCCAGAGUCCAGCCAUAGAGUGGAACAUGCACCUUGUAGCUAUAACUGAUGGCUCAAAGCUUUCUGUAUUUUAACCAUAUAUUAUAACUUUCAUAAAGAAAAAAAAAAAAAAAGUAUUUUUAUAUUGUAUAUAUUUCAUGGAUCUUUUAUGUAUGCUAAUUUUUAAUUAUUCAAAUGUGACUGAAAUCUUUUAUAUAUCUUCUUUUUAUUUUGUAAUCUAUGUUAUCUUUAAUACGUAAAGUCAAGGUACUUCUGUAAACAUUGCUACCUAGACAGGCAGAGGAAAUGGGUGAAUUCUGAAGAUCUGCUAUUCAGUGCUUUUUUGACAGCAGUGCUAUUGUCAUCAUCAAUCUGUGUUUCGUUACUGACGCUGCUAGCAGUUGAGCUAUAUCUUUUUUCUAAGAUAUUCCAUAGAGAUGAGAGAUGAAAACAAAUCUUAGGAAGAAAGCAGUUUAAGUGAAUAAAUGCAGAUGUCUUGCAGGAUAAAACUAUCUCCUUAGCAGACGUAGGCGAGAGCUAGUCUGAAAUAGAUUUCUCAUGCAAGUAUCACACAAGACUAGAUUUAAAUUUUAUUUAAUAUGUAUUGAGUUUUGCAUUAUUUAAUGUAUCUGAGGGUGGUUUUAAAAGGUGUGCAGUGUCAAAAUUCCCUGGAGGCUACUGUGUUUUAUAAAAGUAGUGGUGAGUUUAGCUAGAUGAAUGAGUGGAAGGGAGAUGUGAAAGAGCCAGUAAGUUUCUACACUGUUGCCUAAGUUGCUUUAAAACAAGAAUGGGAACGUGAAUAACUAGGACAGCUUCUGCUCUGUCAAGAACUUGAGUUCUAGUGUGCUUAUUUAGCAAAUUUAAGUAAUUAUGUAAUUCCAGUGAGGGGAGAAAAAAGAAAGUUCUACUGGAAUUGAAACAUCUUCUGUAACUGCUGGCUCUAUUUUAGGGCAUUCACUUGUUUGUGGGAAGGAACUGCUUAACCUUUUUGUCAAUUGUUAUGAGGUAUAUGUAUUCUUGUAAUACCGUGGAGCUCGAUUACAGCCGGUGCUGCAUUGUACAUUAUAACAAAGAGAUUCAGGAUGCUGCUCCCCAUCAGUGUUACUUUGGAGGUCCUUGUGAUUUGCUAUAGGAGAUGAGAGAUGAGGCCACUACUUAGUGUUCCCACAUAGGUUUCUACACAGUAAUUUCCUUGCAAAGUGGGAAAUGCACAUCACAGAUUCUUCAAGCAUCGUGUGUUUGGUUUACAGAAUUGCUGAGCUUCUGAAGAUGAGAUUAGUAAUGGAUUCUAUUUGCUAUUUCAUGCUUCUGUUAUCUUGGCAUAUAUAUAAAAAGUAUAACUUCUCUCAUAAGGUAUGGAGCUCUGACACAACAGUGUGAAGGCAUCCAAUCAGUAUAGAGAAACAUGAGGAACGUCACUGCUUGAUUUCAUUUCUGAAAUUAUUCCUAGGAAUUGGCCUUCUAAGUAUCCCACAAACAAAGCAAUGCUAGCCAGGAGCCAGAUUUUGCUCUCGUUGUGAGAUGGUUGAGCAGUGAUUUUUUGACUUAAUUAAUGGCAUCAGUAGUUCGAGCCAGACUUGCCUUCCUAGUUUAUACUUUUUUUGGAGGACCUGAGUAUAACCUAGAUGAAUGAAAGAGGUUUGAGGUUUGCCAUUUAAAAUCACGGUUAGAUAAACAAUUUCAUGGCUUAUUACCUCUUUUACAAGGUAGUUUUCAUUCUGUUGAGCCUCACAGUGGAAUUUAGCUGCUUUUUAUGUGUGUGUGCAUUUAGUUACUUGGAAAACUUUAGAACAUCUUGAAGUUUACAGAAUAGAUGUUUAAUUGCAGAACAUGCAGUAUAUGUAGAAGCCUUAAUUGAAAUGCCUUUGUGCAUUUCCAUUACCAUUGUUUUCGAUGCGGUAUUUUGUGUUGAAGAAAAAAAUGCAGAGAAGUUGGUGCCAAUUUUUUGUUUUUAAGUAUCUGAAACGAGUGAGGAAGUGGUCAGAAUGAGUAUCAGCUUGUACUAUUUUGUACUGUCUCCAAAAGCUUACUUUGUUUAAAAUAAAUCAGGCUAAGUUGUUUCUUUCUCAA